AUGGAAACAUAUUUUGAGAAAAAAUGCUCUAUAAAUACAAAUGAAAAAUUAGGAAGACAUGUAAAGGCCAAACAAGAUUUAACAGCGGGAGAAUGUGUGCUUUUGGAACAACCCUCAUUAUUAAUGGCCUCGAAUGGUGAGAUAAGAUGUCAAAACUGCUACAAAAUAACCAGCAGCUACUGCCAAACCUGUUUUAUAACACCUUUAUGUGAAAAAUGUAAACAACACUACGAGUACGACUGUCAGAAGCUAGCAACUAUGACCGAUCUAAACAUCCAUAACUUAAAACAACAUCCUGAUACCUAUGGCCUGAUAAAAUUUCUAUUACUACAAGAAAAUCCUCUAACUCAACAACAUUUUCUGACAAUUUUACAAGCUGAAAAUCACAUGGAACAGCGUCGUAAUACCCCAAUAUGGUUGUACUAUAGUAAAAAUGCGAUACAACCUAUUUUACAGUCAGGAAUUUUAAACUAUUUAUCUUAUGCUUCUCAGAUAAAUGAGGAAUUUUUACAAUGCUUGUGUGGCUUUAUCGAUGUUAAUAGUUUUGAGAUACGUGCCCCAGAUGUGGGCUCAAUGAAGGGAGUUUAUGUUAAGGGUGCUCUGUUGUCGCAUGAUUGUAUGGCCAAUACAUGUAUAGCGAUAGAUGAUAAAUAUUGUAUGAAGAUUUAUGCAAAUAGAGCGAUAGAAGCGGGUGAAAUUGUUACCAACUGUUAUACGAAUAUUCUGUUGAAUACAGCAGAGCGUAGAAAAAUUCUUCGCGAAGGUAAAUAUUUCCAUUGCACCUGUAAACGCUGCGAAGAUCCUACAGAAUUAGGAUCUCAUAUGUCCACCUUAAUAUGUACUAACUGUCCUAAAGGUUACAUGAUUAGAAAAGAGGCUGAAAAAUGGCAAUGCCUCGACUGCAAACAUCAAGAAACUAACGAAGUCAUAGACAUCUUGCUCAGCAAGUUACAAACAGAGGAAUUACAAAAACCUAAAACUCUGAAAGAAAUGGAAAUAUGGCUUCAAAAGCUUGAGAAAAUUAUUCAUCCACAACAUUAUAUGAUCGUGGAUGUGAAACAGAAUAUUGCGGCUGCUUUGAGGAACAUAAUCAAUGAUAUUAGUUCUUGUCCGGGCCGUAAGGUGUACGAACGUAAGAUUGAUUUGUGUAAGGAUAUUUUAAAGGUGCUCACUACUAUAGCCCCGGAUAUAUCACGGCUUAAAGCUAUAGCGAUAUAUGAACUGGGCAGCACAUGGGCUGAAUACAAUCGUAUGCGUUAUCAGGAAAAGGAAUUGAAUAAAAAGGAUUUAAGGGAUUUAUUAUUGGAAUCUGAUGUAAUGUUACGCGAUUCCAUACACAUGUUAUUGUAUGAGCCCAAAGAAACUCCUGAGGGUAAAUUAUUACACUCUAUGAUGCAGGAGUUGAAAUAUUUACAAACCGAUAUAAAAAUGUUAAAAUAAAGUGUUUUGUUUUUAAAAUAAAUGUUUUGUGUUGGU